CAAAAGCAAAACUGAACGCCAGUGUCAGCUCGUCAGCCGUACGUUUAAUACACAUAUUUUGAAAUUAGUCAGGACUUGACAGUUUGAUUAUCAUUCUUAUUGUGAAUUAAAAAUACUUUAAUUUUUCCAUCGUUAUUAUUUUUUAAAUUCGUGAUGGACAAAAGAAUAUUCUAUCGGAGUAACAAACCGCGAUUAAAAAUUCCCGAAAAAAUUAUCGAAGGCUUCGGAUACAAUUGCUAUCGGACCUAUAAAGAUGUAUGUUAUGUCAGGUGCUAUGAACGUUCUUCCCAAGGUUGUUAUGCCUGUGGUCAGAUUAAAAAUGGUCGAUUAACACUAACUGUAAAUCAUGAACAUGAAAAUGAUCCCAAAUUAAUAUUAUAUGCUGUUUUUCAAGAAGAGUUAUAUAAUGCUACAAUAUCGCGCCCAUAUCGAUCUUUCCGCUCAAUUUACGAUCACUUCUGCCAAAGCCAUUAUGAAGCAGCCAGAAUUUAUACUUGGGCUAAAAUGCAGCCGUUGAUGGACGUUUGGAGACGUCGUAAUCGACCUGUUAAGUAUCCACCAAUUCCUCGUGAUUUACAACACUACGUGAUUUUACUUGACAUGCAACAGUAUCAUCAUCUGACAGUUUAUCCGCAAGGUCAAUUAAGCUUUUCUACCUUACAAGCACCUGAUAACAGUUUUUUAACCAUUUUUUAUGAUUUAAAUUUUGUGAGCUUAAUAUUAACAAGCACUUUACUAAUGGAUGGAACGUUUAGAAGUACACCAAAGAAACCCAAAGUUUAUCAACUUUUUACAAUAAUUGCAUUAACUAAUGAUAAGGCUUUACUGGUGUGUUGGAUGCUUAUGCAAAAGAAAUCAGCUGCUGCGUAUCAGACUGGUUUACAAUUUUUUAAAAAUCAUGUGGCCGCUCAUAUUGUUCCUGAUCAUAUUAUGACGGACUUUGAAUCUGGCUUAAGGAGUGCAAUAGAAAUAAUAUAUCCGGAAGCGCAUCACAAUGGUUGCUUUUUUCAUUAUUGUCAAGCACUGAUGAAAAGAUUAAAAGUACUGAAGCUAUUUAAAGAUAUUCAAAAAUGGAAGUAUGGUCAAAUAAUUAUAAGGAAGUUCAUGGGAUUAGCUUUUUUGCCAGCAGAUGAUAUUACACGUGCAUAUAAUUGGUUAUUAAACGCCAUUCCAGAAAAUAUAAAAAACAGGCUUCAUGGAUUUAUUGUGUAUUUUCAUGAUGAAUGGAUCGUCAGAACGCCACCUAUUUUUUGGAGCGUUAUAAAUUUAGAUAAUCGAACAAAUAACUUCACCGAAAGUUAUAAUAAAAAAGCAAAUGUCCGAUUUGGAGUUCACCCAUCAAUAUGGAAGUUCACUGAAAAACUUACAAAUCUUCAGGCAGUAACACGGAUUGAAUUAGAAUCAUUAAACGAUGGAGAAGAAAUAACAAGACAACGUCAAGAGCCAGAAGAAAUCUAUCGAGAAUCAAAAAUAAAAAGAAUUUCUGAGUUUUACUGUGCAGGAAGAUUAAAUUUUGCAAACUUUUUUGCCUGCAUUAGCAAUGUUUCACCUGCAUUUCGAGCUAAUCGUUAUUUUGAUAUAGAAGGCAAUCCUGAUGACAACAAUUACGCAAAUCUACCAAUUUUUCUAGAAGUUGACGUCAUGGAUUUACAUUUAGAUCAAACAUAAAAUCUAGGAACAUAAUUUAUAAUAAUAAAAAUAACAAUUAUAAUAAUAAUAAUAAUUCUAAUUAUCAUUCUCAUUCUAAGAACUCUCAUUCAAUCUCUGUUAAGUUCUGAGAGAACGGACAGUUUUUUGACAUUUCAUUCUCACUUUUUAAUUUUUUUUUGUGAAAUAUGCGGUACAGGUUAUACAUCGUUGAAAGCGAAGCCGUUAGUAACUAUAUAUAUUGGGAUUAAAUAAGUUCAGUGCAUCGGAAAAUUAAAUUAAGAAAGGCUAUCAUUCGUAUCAUAUAUAAAUUAAGAAUAUUAGAAUAUUAACUUAUUAUAAUUUCGAAAUUUAUUUAUUAACCGCG